GCGCGCGCCUCGCUCCAUUGUUGUGUGCAGUAGACUCGCGACUCUCGGCCGGCCGCGGUCCGUAUCACGCGCUCGCGGACAACGACUAAAACUGCCGGCGAUAAACAAAAUAAUGACCAGUGUACCACAUUACGUGCAUCGCGAGUGCAACAAGCGACAACAGUGUGUGAUAACGAGUAUGUAACGUGCGUGUUGUGUCAAACGGUGUGCGUUUUUCGACGUGUUUUGGAGUUUGAAGGCGCGUGGACAGCGCAAUGCACGUCGUGUUUAGAUGCAACCCAACACAAAAUAUAACGGAACACCUCAACCUUAGGCAUUUUAAGUUUAACCUGACAAAAGUUAUCUGUGAUCUCAUUUUAGUUUAGUAAAAAAAAAACAAACAAUCGCCUAAAUUAGUUACGAAUUAAGUGCAGAAAAAAAAACAUUACCCAUAGACUGAACAAACAAAUGUCAAAAUCCGGUGCGAAGGACCGUGAAGUUUGAAUUUGGAACAAACAAAAUGGCGGUACAGUGAGUGGUCAUGGAUGACAGAUAGUGGAUAGGUUGUAGGUGUCAGAGGAUGGGAUAAUGGAAGUUGGGGCGUUGGGUUCGUGAAGAUGCCGCAUGCUCAUUCGAGUUCGGCGGCGAGCUCGGGCGGCGACGACCUGGGCUCCACUGAUGAGGUCAAGGUUUUCAAAGACGAGGGCGACGGAGAAGACGAGAAGCGAAGUUCCGAGAACUUACUGGAAGAAAAGUCCAGUCUAAUCGAUUGGACUGAAAGUGAGGAGAAGUCCGGCGAGCCUUAUCCCGGUAAACUAUCGGUAAAGUCGGACCUCAGUCCUGUGUUUGGUAAAUUCGAGCCGCAUCCAGCAACGGGAUUCAACAUGGGUUACCUUAUGGCGCCGUACCCUUACCCUAAUGGGGGGGCGCAUCCCCUACCCGUCUCUAUGUUUAUCGACAGCGGCAUCGACCGUGUCCCAUCACUACAGACGGGUAAGAUGGGCUUACCAGCGGGUGGAGGCCUAUCGUUGUUCUGUCCUGGUGGCGAACUGGGGCAGCCCCCUCCUGCCCAUAUGGGCAUACCUCCGCCAUACCAGCUCGACUCUAAAUUAGCGGCUGGGUUGGCGCGCACCCCCAUGUACCCCUUCCCUGGGGGGACGUACCCCUACCCCAUGCUCAGUCCAGAGAUGUCACAAGUCGCAGCCUCAUGGCACACGCCAACCAUGUAUCCUAUAUCGUCAGCGGCGAGCGGGUUUCGAAGUCCGUACCCCACGUCGUUGCCCAUCUCAAGUUCUAGUCUAUCGAGGUAUGGUAUCCCUAGUGAAUUGUACCGGUUUUCCCCAACGCUGGGCGGAGGCCUCGGUCUGGGCCUAGGGCCAGCGCUCGUACCUCCUCCCCCUUCUAAGUCAGACCUUGACUCACAUCACUCGAGAUAUGCAAGAUCGCUAGAGAAAGGCAGUAGCAGUUCUUCAAGCGACAAACCUUCAGACAGUUCAGCCAAUUCGAAUAGCAAGGAACAAAAUAAGAAGCCACAUAUAAAGAAACCCUUAAAUGCUUUCAUGCUUUACAUGAAAGAAAUGAGGGCAAAAGUAGUGGCUGAAUGUACACUUAAAGAGUCAGCAGCCAUCAAUCAAAUCCUUGGCCGACGGUGGCAUUCGUUGAGCCGCGAGGAACAAGCAAAGUACUAUGAGAAAGCGAGACAAGAGCGACAGCUCCAUAUGCAGCUGUACCCCGGGUGGAGCGCCAGGGACAACUACGGUUACGGCUCCAAAAAGAAAAAGCGGAAAAAGGACCGCAGUCCCGCAGAGCUGGGAGGAAACAAUUUGAAGAAGUGUCGAGCGAGAUACGGUCUCGACCAACAAAGUCAAUGGUGCAAGCCUUGCAGGCGGAAGAAGAAGUGCGUACGCUACAUGGAAGCCCUAGCGGCCGCGUCGGGGACGGUGCCGAUGCCGAUGGCGACACCCCAGUCGCCUUGCUCUGAGGAGGACGUGAAGCUGGAGGAGAUGUCGGACGCGUCGAGCGAUGGUGAUGCUGAUACGCCGCUGAACUCGGCGUCCAGCCCGGGUGCGCUUUCCGCGCUGUCUUCGCUGGCGUCGCCCGCGUCGGAGCCCGCGCCCGCGCCGCGCCACCCGGUCGGCACCAACCCGCGCGACGCCAACAACCCGCUGUCCGUGGGCCAGCUGACGUCACAGAGCUGGCCGCGCGCCGCGCCGCGCCCCGGCCACGAGGUCAUCUCGGUGUCAUAGUGCCGGUACCCUGUCUGCCCGCCAGCCGACGGACGCUCGCGCUCGGCUCCGGGCAGCACAGACACACGCAGUGCAGUGCAAACUAUCCGUUCUCUGCUCCGCUCGAUGAUCUUGUCUACUGAACUUAUACCGGCGGACUACAGAGCGGCUAGUUUACAUCGGACGAGUGGCGACAUCUAUCGAACAGUGCGUGAGACGUUUAUCGCCAUCUAGCGGCCGCGGCGUGAAUUGAGUCGUGUCGGUUGUGAUAUGAACAUUACGAUAAGAACCGAUUGUUACUGCUGUUCUCAAUAACAAAUGUUUGGAGGAACCCGUAAUGACUAACCUACCUCUGUUCGGCUUAUUGACGAGUGUUGAGUCAUGGGACUGCCGGCACUUUCGUGAACUAUAGCGGAUUAAUAAUAUAUUAUAUAACCUAAAGCAUACAGUUUCAUGUAAUAUUUAAAAGGGCCUAAUGUGUAACUAUUAAUAUAACUGCACCAAGUGCUCGGUGGUCCUGUGGCUCGGAGUCGUGCAACUAUAGAGUGGCUGGUUCUACAGUAACGUACUAUAAGUAGUCCAUUCUUCAGUCGAAGUGAUCUCAAAAUUGUGAGCCCGAGUCAAGUCAUUAUAGUGCAUUCGCGCCUUGUUGACCAAGUGCUUGCUCACAGUCACAUGACAAUGUGCCAUGUUUCGAUUUCAAUAACUUUCUGACAUUUUCCUUCAGGAAUUUAUACUUGUCAAUUUCUACAAUUUUCUCUACUGUUUAAAUGAGAGUUAAGAAUUAAAUGCCUAUCGUUCACAACUCAACUUCAGUCAUUACUUUAUUUUUAACGUUUUCCUCAAUUAUAUUUUCCAUCAAAUUUUCAUUUUAAUUUGACAAGUUUUCUUUCCAUAUAAACGUUAUUACUUGGUCAAUAAAGGCGAGAUUCCCUUACCAACUUUACCAUGAAUAGUCAGCAAUACUUUUAGUAACUUUUUAUUAUAAACUUUUGAUUUUAAACACCUAUAACUAAUCAAGUUCUCUACUAAAGUUUAAAAACUACACUACUGUUUAAAAAAAUGACAAUUUAUAUCUAUUUAAACAUCGAAACAAUGCAUGCACGAUAUUUUUCAUUAAUUAAUAUUGUGUCAAAGAAUUUUCGCAUAUCCAGCUCUCUUGUUACGGACUAUUUUUGUUUAACAGGCCUCUCUUGCUUGACGAUUGGGCAUUCGCCUAACGUGGAUCAUUGUUGAUCGGACCUAAUUUUUUAAUUUGAAUACAGAAACAUACUUAGCAUACGUUAUGUUGAAAAAAAUCUUGUUUUUCGUACUUUGAAUGGAAUAGAGCUAUCUGAUUCGUACUUUUUUUAUUAUUCAGAUGGUUUUAAUCAGUGUAAAGUGCUGAGAGAAUUAAUUUUGUAUGUUUUUUGUAUGUUUCUGUAUGGGGAGUGGUUGUAAAAUGCUUACUCGUCACUUGCGACUAAGGCCUGAUGUUCUAAUAACUUUCCCAUGGCCUGCACCAGAUGACGGUUCCAUGUAGCGUUAUAGAUUUUUGAAUUUAGUUAUUAAUGUUUUCCCUUCGCGGUAUGCGUGUAUAAAGUUACUGUUAAGGCGAACGGAGGGAAAAUUGUUUUUCCGUUGUACGGAACUUGUUAGACUGUCGUAGAUUAGACUAGGCACGUUGUAUGAGUGAAGUUUAUUAUAAGGUGUUGUGCCGAGUGCCCUUUGCGCAAUAUAUUAGAGAUAUAUUUAAAUAUACACGUAAGUAAUUUAUAAAAAUGGAGUUAAAAGACACGUCGUUGGUUGUAACGUAUACUAAAUGUGUCUUCGUUAGUGAAUUUGAUAUGUAUUGUGUUGUUUAAUAAUGGAAUUAUGACUAUAAAGAUAACAUGUUAAAUGUAUUGAUUUACAAUACUUCGUUUCGCAAGAUUUUUAAGCUAAUUAUCAACUUUGGUGCGAAAUAGGGUCUCCUAGUACAAUUUUAUAACAACGCCAUCUAUCUUGCGCUAAAUGCACUACAAGUUACAAUUAUACCCGCAAGGUGGCCGACGAAAGUAACCAUGUCGAAUGGCAUAUCGGGACAACACCACUCUGUAUAUGUGUAAGUACAUACAUGAUGUAAAAAUAUAGCUAUAAUCUAACUGUGUCAUAUUAGAAUAUAAGUGUACUAUGCUACUUACAUAUGUAUACAUUUAUUAUUAUAUAAAAAGAAGUUUAAAAGAAAAAUAUUAGUUAAAUACUGACUCGAAACUGAAAAAAUGUUUGGUACAUACGAAGACACAAGAUAUUUUAUAAUUGGCAACCCCCUAGGAGUCAAAUUUGUAAAUAAAUUUGUAAUUCACGAAUAUAUAGGACAUUUUGGUAUAAAGAUAUUGCAUUUAUAUUAUUAUUAAAGCGAUUAGUGCCCUCGGAAUGUUCUCGGAUGGUUUGUUUUGUCCAUCAAAUGAUUUUUGUUAAUUACUUUUUAUUGUUAUUAUUAAGAAUUUUAACGUUGUUACUUGAAAUACCAACCCCACACUGAUUUAUAAAUUACAUUUGGUGAUUAUUGAUUGAUUUUUUUUAUCGGAUCAGCUGACCUAAAGCGAUACAACUUAUAUCAAUUCACAAUAUUUUACUUGCGAAGACAUCAGGUUUUUAUACUUUGACCAAAAGAUGAACAUUAAAAUUGUAAAAUCGAUAAUUUUAAAGAUUUGCAUGAAAUCCGAAUUUGUGCAAUAUUAAAUGAAAAUGGGUACUGUAUAGUUUUCUAAAUGUAUAAUUAGAUUUUCUUAAAAUUAAUUAAUAAGGUCUAUUUUUGAGUUUUAUAGAGAAUGAUGGAUUUGAUUUUUUUUUAAUACUUUAUUAUUAUUUCGGAAAAAAGUAUGCGAUGGAAGUUUUUAUUUUUAAUACUUGAUGAUUUUUAUUCCGUGCCAAAACCAUCUAGGACUAUUAAUUGCCAGGGAAAUUCGACCAGUUAAGAAGUAAUGAUAUCAUUAUGUCUGUGCCAAAUUAUGUUUGAAACCACUGCAGGUAUUUUGUAUACCUUCGCGUCUUUAUGUUGAUAGAUUUUAUAGGUUGUUUUUUAUUGUUAAGAGGGUAAAGACAGUUGGCUGUAAUGCCAGUUAUUUUUUUUUGUAGUAAAAAUUUGACAAAUUAGUAAACUCAUUCAUUAGGUCUGUUCCCAUGUCUUGUGUUCAGUUGAACGAAUAUUAUUUUAAUAAACAACUUAAAAAUUGUA